AUGAAUGUGGCGAACAGGCAAAAGAAAAUUACUGCGAAUCAUUUUUUACAAGAGAAAGUACCCAGGCGAACAAUAUAUUACAUUAUUCAAAGGUAUGAAGAAUCUGGUGCCAUCGUGGGCAAACCCAGAUUUGGUCGUCCGAAAAAACUAACAACUGAUCAAUUAGCACGACUAAAACGUCUUAUGAACAACAAGACAGGUAUAUCGUUACGUCGAUUAUCUUCCAAAUUCAAACUCCAAAGAUAUUCCGAUAAACAACUUGAAGAAAUUCCAACUCGUGCUCGUCGUUUAUAUCGUUUACUGGCAAAAAAUGAUUCUGAAUUGAUAAUGGACGAUGAAAAAUACUUCAUGCUUCACAAUGAAUCUGUACCAAGUAAUCGUGGACUUUAUACAUCGGAUCCAAGUAUUGUAUCACCAGAAAUAAAAUUUAGAAGAACUCAAAAGUUUGAGCCAAAAGUUUUAGUUUGGGCUGCAGUGCCUGAGAAUAGUGUUUCACAGCUAUUCUUUUCCAAACAAAAGCAAGCUGUAAGUCAGGAAACAUAUUUUAGGAAUUGUAUUAAAGUACGUUUGAUACCAUUCAUCCAGAGGUUUCAUACCAAAGAAAAAGUAUUAUUUUGGCCUGAUUUGGCUACAAGCCAUUACAGCCACACGGUGAUGGAUCAUCUCGAUGAUAAUGAGGUGCAAAUGGUUCAUAAAGAAUGGAAUCCUCAAAACUGUCCACAGCCACGUCCUAUUGAAACUUUAUGGUCGAUAUUAAGUGAUAUGGUAUACGAAGGAGGCUGGGAAGCAGAAACAAUCGAUCAAUUGAAGAGAAGAAUUAAUAAAAAAUAA